GCGGCUGUCAAACUAUCAACAGUAGUAGUUGCCCUAAAAUCUGCAGCAGUUUGUUAGACUGUUUUCAUCCCCGUUUGUUGUACUUUUGUGCUUUUUCCACCGUAACAGGAGAGACUGUGCUGUUUUAAUAUGUGUUCAAAGGUGAUAUCUAGCGCCAGGGACUUUUACGGUAUCCUUCGGUGAGUAUACACUUGUUUUAACUUCAUUUUUCUGAGCUUCUUACAGCCACCGUCAUAGUAACGCGAGUUAGUGAAUGUUAUUUUUAGUCCAUGGCUUAAUUGAUUUGUUUAAUAUUUGUUUAUUCCAGUUACCACAGCAUUCUUACGUUUACGCUUUAAGAUAAUGAGUAUUUUGCUCUUCGGUUCAGGUCCUUUCAGGAGGAGAAAAGCGAUGACCCUCUCAUAAUUGAGGUAACUACAACAAACAAUGGUAAAAUCCGUCUGUUUUUAAAAUAAUGAUACUGAUAGUUCACCUGUUGUGUUACAGGAGGACAUCCAGAUUUUAGAGAUGAAUGGAAACAGAAUCCCUGUGUUGAACACCAUCUGUGGCACCCAACCACUUUUCAUCUGUGAAAAUGUGGUGAGGGAGAAUAAAGUUAUGAUUCAUUCAUGAUAUUUUGGGUUUCAAAUGCCACAGAAAAUAUCUAAAUGUAAUGAUUCCACACACUCAAACAUCAUUUAAGAAGUCUGUUGUUGCAUGUGUUACAUUGCUGGGGUGUUUCUGUAUUUUACAUGGUUAUUUUGGAUCUUAGAGUCAGUAUACUGGGGUUUGGUGAAAUUGAACUCAGUUGCUUCUUUGUGUUCCCUUCUUAAGGUAGCUGCAGAAACCCUGUUAUAAACUUUGUCUCUUAACCUUGGUAAUUCGACUAUGCUUUAUUAAGCAGGCUUUAAAAGUAUCAACUGAAUAUGAGGACCGACAAAUGACUGAAACAUCGAACUGCACUGAUGAAGAUGCUGAUGUUGAUAAUGACGAAGCCAAUACACCUCCGGCAGAACUGGGACCCCAGCCACUUACAGUUUUAAAAGCAAGGUAAACCAUUACAAAGAGCUUCAAGGUUUUAACUAAAUUAAUUGAUAUAUCUUGUCCCUUUUAAAUGCAUAUUGGCUAUUCCUUUUUUUUAUAGACAAUUGCUGUCUUGGUACACAUUAUCUCAAAAUACCAGUCUGUCAACUCUGGACAACAACCCUGCCUUACCCCCACUCUGGCUUCGAUGUGACAUGUCUGAUCCAGCUGGGACAACCUGGUUUGGAGCAGAAACUGUCUGUAUGAGCAAUAAAGUCUCUGGUGUCAAAUUAUACUCUGUUACUUGCAAAGGUAAGAUGUUUCAGCCUUUCGAAUAACCCAUAAUUCAAAUAGUAUCAGUGCAGUGUUUUGAGUUUUUGUCAAUUCCUUUGACACUCUAAUAUUUUAUGCAUUUCAACUCCAACAUUGUCAGGCUCAACUGUGGACAAAAGCUCCCUGAUAACUCUGGAUAAGCUGAAACAAGAGCACAAGAAAAGGCAUCAUCCAUCCUCGGUGAGUCACUGUGCAUCCAUUUGUCUCAGUAAGUGUAAGUAGAAGCUCAUUCUCAUUUAUCCGUCUAUGCUUCCAGAUGGUGAUCAAAGGAAGUGCCAACUUUAGUUUGUUAGGCUCCACUUUAGUUGAAAACACAACAAUUGAAUCACAGAGUACUGUGACAGUGGAUUUCAAAUGGAGCCAUGUGGAAAGUAUCUUGGAGACCCCGCCCCUGUCUUCUACGGCAAACCUGGUGAGCAUCAAGUAAACACAAGCACCAUGAAAACAUACUUUAAUCUAUAAGAUACAUCUGUAAUAUUACAUUAAGAUGUAAAAUACAAAGUAAAGCACAUUGAUUUAUGUUCUUUAGUUGGUUAUUUAUCAGUUUCUCUCUUAAACAGAACAUCAAAGUUGCCAACGGGGACAUGAGGAGCCCAAUGUAUGAGAAGUACAGGGAGCUAGAGUUUCUUCAGGUUUGUAUUCUUCAGUGAUGAAAGAGAAGUCACUGUCAGCACUCACCACAUAAUGAGCAACCUAAUAUUUCAGAUUCCUGUCAUUUCAGACCCUUGCUGAUGGUUUGAGAACUGGUGAGACUGAGUGGAUGGAACCUUUGGAAAGUGUGUCAGCUGUAAAUCUGACAAAAGCCCUCCUAGAAGGUAUUGGAUUUUAAAUGAACACACAUCAACUGCUAUUAAAAAAACUGGUGCCACCAAAAACUCAUUUCUUUGCUUUCUCUUCAUUCCAUCAGAGCUUCAGAGUACUGCCAAGACACUAAAGGGACAUGAUGCAAAACCAACAGAGGUAAGGUUCUUUGAAAACUAAUGCACUUAAUAAAAUCACUUUAACAAAAACAUGAGCUUUUAUUCUUUUUUUCUCCUAAGAAUACAAAGCAGAAGACUGAGACAGAUACUCCUGUUUACAUCUCUCUCUUGGAACGAGGUGACUUGGAUUUUGCGGAGCAGCUGUGGGUCCGGAUGAGAAAGAGUGAGUCUAUUUCCCAAUGAAGGACAUGGGUUACCGUUUGAUUUAACACUACAAACAGGCUGCAACAACAUUUUUCCUUCAUCUUGUCGUCAACUGCAGCUGUGACUUCCUAUCAAGACAUAGAGGACUGUCUGAAACUGGUUAUCAAAGCUCUCAGAUACGGCGACAUCAAACCCUGGGUAUGAACUGGCGCUCUGUGAAGUGUCAAUCCCUGUCAAAACUCUAAGGGUUUUUUAAUGUGUAAAGUUCAAAGUUUUGUUUUGCUGUUUCACCACCUCCAGAUUCACAGAGACAGCAGCAGCUCCCUCAGCAAGCUCAUCCUGCAGUCCUACCACCAGCAGAUUGAUCAUGUGUCCCUAACAGGUGUCGCCCCAGUCCACAUGCUGCUGGAAAUGGGUCUGGACAAGAUGAGGAAGGAUUAUAUAAACUACCUCAUUGGUAAUCCAUACUUGUUACUUAAAAGUUCUGUUAAACAGUGUCCUUUCAUUUUGAUUCUAAAUGUAUGGGGAAUUUUGACCCACAUAAUUAGGAAUUACUAUGCCCAGACUUGACCUCAAUAUUGAACCAUGUUCAUCUUUUUAUUGUUAGGUGAAGAACUGACAACUCUGAACCAUUUGGUAAGUUCAGACCAGUUUUAACACAGUUUUUUUUAACAAUUAUUAAUAAUUCAGAGCUGGAUUUUUUUUUCUUCUUGAUAGUGUUACUAUCUGAGCACAGACGUCGAUCUGCAGGAGCAAGUGAUCCGGCUUAGAAAACUGCACCAUCUGCUGGAAAUAAUUCUGACCUGCAGUACUUUCCUGGGACUGCCUUAUGACCGACUCUUUCUCCUCACACAGUAAAUCAAUCUGACUCUUCCAGGCAAAUGUGUUCAAAAUACAAUUUGUUGAAGGUGACAUUAAAGUAGAGAUUCUCUUUUCUAUUAGGUCAUGUUUGCAGCACUACAAAACACACCCCUAUGACGAGGAGCAUGAAUUCAAACUGCAAAUCAACCCGGCACUGAUCAGCCACCUCUACCAAAAGUAAGAAAUACAAUCAUUGAACAGUAACUGCUGCCUGACAUAUAAAAAAUGUACAUAUUUGUCUUAUUCUUUCUGUUCUGUUUGGCUGAAAAAAAAAUUAUUAGAUGGAUAGAAUCUCAUUCAUUCAGAUGUUUUCAUAGGGCUGGUUCAGCUCAGAAUUUUCUGUUUCCAGAUGCAACUGUGGCGGGAAAAUCCCGGUCGAAUAUAUCCCUACUUUUUGGUGCAUGAACAACAGAAUUAAUACCUGCUUUCUUGCGAUCAGGUUUUCAAAUGUGCAUUUAGGUGCUGACUACAAAGUUUGAACUGAGAUGCUGUCUCAUCCUUGAUGUUAUUGUGUUCUUACAGAGAGCAUCCAAUCAUGUGGGGUGUUGAGGUGUCCAGUGGUCAUGGUUCACGUGAGGUUAAGACAUCCUUGCAGCUCAGUGACAGACCGCUGGUUGAUCAUGUCAUCUUUGACACAGGUGAUUACUCCAAAUCAAGAACACUUUAUGAAAUGUUGAUGAAUACAGAUGUUAAUGGUUUGAAAAUUAUUAUAUAUAAUUUAAAACAGUGCAAGACGACAUAUUUAUUGUUUAUACUGAAAAAUGUGUUGUUCUAUGAAAAAUGCUCGUUUUAAAUUUGACGCAAGCAGCACAUCUAUAAAAGUUGCAACCCGGGCAAAAAAAUCAAUUAUUCAUGACAUGACAAGACCGACUCUCACUAAUACAGAUCCUCAGCCUAGAACUGCAAAGAGUUUGAGGAUUUCAUCAUCAGUAGUAAAUAAAAUUAUCAAGAGAUUUAGAAAAUCUGGAAAUAUCUCUGAGGCAAAAGGGCCAAGGCUGAAAACCAAAACUGAAUAGCCAUGAUCUUCAGACCCUCAGGCAGCACUGUGUUGAUUAGGACGACUGGUACAGAGAAAAUCACUGUAUGGGUUUAAAUCGUGUCAAGAAACCAUUUUUUGUGACCACAGUUUAUCAGUUUAACCUCAAAUGCAGGUCAAACUGCACAGUGCAGAGAGAAAACCACAUAUCAACACGAUCCAGAGACACUGGUGACUUCUCUGGGCCCACAAAGUAGAAAACAGUCUUUUUAGAAAUCAUAGAUGCUGCAUCUAUUGUUCUGAAGAGAAGAGUAACCACCUGGUUUGUUAUCAGAUCUCAGUUCUAAAGCCAGCAUCUGGCAUUAUUAUUGCUGAAUAUUAUCAGGUAGUGGAGCAACACAUGAUGCCAUCAAAACAUUCCUUUGUCAGAGAAGACCUAACAUAUUUCAAGACCAUCCCAAACCACAUGGCCUGAUAGAAGUCCAGAUUUGUCACCCACUGCCAAAAUUUGGAGCAUCAUGAACCCAAAACUAAAACAAAGGAGAGCUGAAAAUCAGCUGAAGUCAUAUAUCAGGCAAGAAUAGGACAAUAUUUCACUUUCAAAUGUCCAGAAACUGAUCUUGAUUCUUAAACAAUAAGUAUUGUUCAAAGAAGUGAUUCAACAUAAUGGUAAAUUUGCCCUGUCCCAACUUUUCUGGGACGUGCUGCUGUUAUCUACUUUAAAAUCAGUGUCUGUGCUCUAUUUUCAAUUGAAAAUAGCGUUUCAACUUUGUCUCAACUUUCUUCACUUUGUAAAUAAUGUUUGUAACUUUUUGUACGUCUUUGAUUGUUUUGGUUUUAGAUUACACAAAUGAAUCCAUCAACGACGACGGCAAGGACCCUGCCUACUUCUCCACCAUGGUGUGCUGUAGUCUUGUCAGUUUUUCAUGAAUUUGCAAAGAGAACAGCUGAACAACCACGAAGGUGUUUAUUGUCAGCGUUCGUAUCCUCAUUAGUAUGAAAAUAUCAGUGAAUGAAAUAAGAAGAAGCCAACUGGCCUUAUUUUGCAUCAAAAAAGUGUUUAGAGACCACUCUCAGGUUUCCUGCUUGUAUACUGUUGUUAUUCUACAUAUUUAAAAGCAUCAACUUCAUCUUUCUGCAUGUAAAUUCUUUGACACAAUAAUGUGAUCUCCAUUCCAGUCUUUAUUAUUAUAACAUUUGCUGUACUUUAUUUCUGUUCAAUAUAUCAGUUUGAAGAAA